AACAAAAAGGAAAAAGAAAAGAUGAAAAAAAUCCCUUAUUCUCUAUCUCUAGAUUUUUUCUCUCUCUAAAAAGGAAUGGAACCCAACGAAAGCCACCAUCAACCACAGCAGCAUCUCAGUUCUCCCUACUACUACCACCACCACCGCCCAACCACCGCCUCCACUGCCGGAGCCGUCGCCUCUUCAGCCGCUACAGUUCCGUCUAACAAUGGCCUUUUUCCGCCUCCGCCGUCGAACGACGGGUCCUCCCUGGUGGUGUUCCCUCACUCGGUGCCGUCUUCGGCGGUGACGGUGCCGAUGGAACCGACGAAGAGGAAGAGAGGGCGGCCGAGGAAGUACGGGACGCCGGAGCAAGCCCUAGCGGCGAAGAAAAUGGCGUCUUCUGCGAGCAGUUCGUCUGCUAGGGCUAGGAGGGAAGCCGGAGGCGCGGUGUCGUCUUAUUCUGCGUCGUCGAGAAAAUCCCAGUUGGGUUCCUUAGGAAAAACCGGGCAAAGCUUUACUCCACAUAUCGUUAAUAUAGCUCCUGGCGAGGAUGUGGCCCAGAAAGUUGUGCUUUUUGCACAACAAAGCAAGCAUGAACUAUGUGUUCUUUCUGCAUCAGGCACCAUCUCGAACGCAUCCUUGCAUCAACCAGCUACAUCAGGGGGCAUCGUAUCUUACGAGGGUCAAUACGAGAUUGUCUCGCUGUGUGGAUCUUUUGUUCGGGCAGAGCUGGGAAGCAAAACUGGUGGACUUAGUGUUUGUUUAUCUGGUUCAGAUGGUCGGAUCAUUGGUGGAGGGGUCGGGGGACAUCUAAAGGCUGCCGGUCCAGUUCAGGUGAUUCUCGGAACCUUUCAACUUGACAGAAAGAAGGAAACAAGCAGUGGAGUGAAAGGCGACGCGUCCAGCAGUGGAAACAGGCUACCAUCUCCCACUGGCAAUGCGACAAUGCUUGGCAUUGGUUUCCAGUCUGGUGGUAUGGAAUCAUCAGGAAGACAUGCCAUGAGGGGGAAUGAUGAUCAUCAUCAUCAAGCUACCAUGAGUGGAGGUCAUUUCAUGAUGCAAGCACCCCAUGGCAUGCACAUGACACAUUCUCGGCCUUCCGAAUGGGGCAACAGCUCUCAUGAUGGCAGGAGCAGUGCGGGUUAUGAUUUAUCGGGACUGUUUGACCCUCCUGUGGAUUUGGCACUCUAAGGCUUCUUUGAUUGACCUUGAUUAAGGGCGGAUGGAGUCGUCGGAAAACGGAGGAGAGUACGAGCAAAUGAACGUUUAGGAGGGAGUGUUUAUGAUCCAGGGACUCGGCAUUAGGGUUUUUAGAUGGAAACCGGAGGAAGAACCAGAACCUGAAAGGGGGCUUUAUGUUCAUGUCUGAAGAUAAUCACCUCUUGGGAAACAGAACAGAACAGAACAGAACAGAACAGGUGAUGGUUUUGUUCUUUGUUCUGUGUUAAUAUAACUUCAACACCCUUUACUGAUUACAGCUGAUCCUGCUUCUGUUUUAUUCUUCUUCUCCCUUUCUUUUUUCUCCUCUUUAUAAUUUUGUUCAUGUAAGCUUUCACCUUGUUAUUUUGUUUA